AUGGCCGGUGGUACCAGGAACAGGAGGCAUCCCAAGGCCGCAGGCCACGCCGUCGCCGAAGCUGUUGAAGCCCCCCUCGCCGGCCGCUCACUGGUAGCCGACCCAGAUGGGGUUUCACCGGCAGCCAAGGGCACUGAACUGCCGGUGCCGGAGAAGAAGGUUGAUGCGGAGGCGGAGGCGAAGAAGCUGAAGGAGCUCAAUGCCAUGCUCCUCAAGGAGGUCAUGCCGCGGCGUGGGCAGGUGGCCACGCUCAGCGCGCGCGUCGAGGAGCUCUCCAUCGCCUCGGUGACCGGGGACGAGCUGGACGCGGAGACGCGCGCCUCCGUCGCGCAGGACAAGCCGCUCGAGCAAGCCGAUGAGACAGAGGUCGCUCGGGAGGCCGAGGAUGUGGCCGCCGCGUCCAAGAAGGUCACCGCCUCUGUCGUCAAACCGGGGGCGGAGAAGAAAGUGGUGAAGAAGAAGAAGGCCCCGGCCUGCUCAGUCCAGGCACGCAACGCGGCGGAGGCAGAUCAGAAGAUCUCGUUGGCGGCGGCGGAUGCGCCGGCUGAUGAGCAAGGCGUCAUGGCGGGCCCAGUGCCUGGAGGGCGUCCCAGGAGGAACCGGAAGGCUAACUCCAUGUAUCCUUCGGAUACUUGGGCCCGCUAG